GUCAAGACUUGAAGAGAUCGACCCAUUGACGUUCAAGGACUUCCAGUGGAUGCCCGUUCCCUCGACCGGACGAUUGCCGAAACCGCAUUGCAACGUGCUUAUGGCACAAUUGCGGGAUUACUUGCACACUGCAGUACCAACUCCGUUGAUGGACGUCGGAGCAGAGGUUGUCGACCUUCAUGUUUACAUCGCGAAGAUCGACCGCGAGUUUAAGACGCAAUGGUACGACGACAUCGACGCACCAUUGCUAUACGUACGCAAUCAGAUCGGAGAGGCGACCUGCAGUGCCUUGAUCGAUUGCGGAGCGUCUCGCAACUACAUCAGCCAGGACUUCAUGGUACGCGCCGGCCUUGGCCCACGUGUCCAGAGGAAGUCCCAGCCUACGCAAGUCACUCUGGCAGACGGUCAUACGCACAAGUCCAUCGACCGGUGCAUUGACGCCGUCCCAGUGUACUUUGCCCCUCACGCAAGUGAGGCGGUGUCCUUUGACAUUCUGGACACCAAAUUCGACAUGAUCUUGGGCAUGUCAUGGCUGCAAAGCGAGGAUCACCCGGUGAACUUCUUCAACCGCACUGUUCACGUUCGUGAUCGAAACGGAGUAUUAGUUCCAUGCACGGUGCCUCUUCCUCAUCCUUCGAUCAGCUGCCACGUGGUAUCCGCCGCAAGCAUGCGAGCUUCCAUCAUCAGAGACGACGUCGAGGAGAUGGGGGUGUGUUUUCUCCACGCCCUCCCGCCACAUGACGCUUCAUCGACGGACUCACCUUCGGAUCCACGCAUCACCGAACUUCUCGACGCCUACAGCGAUGUGUUCGAAGACCCGCACGGAGUAGUACCGGAUCGACCCAUCCGCCACGAGAUCAUCCUCGAGGACGGGGCCGUACCUCCGCGCGGUUGCAUCUACYGAAUGAGCGAGGAAGAGUUAAGUGUGCUUCGGGCACAACUCGACGACCUUCUGGAGAAAGGCUGGAUUCGGCCUAGCUCAUCGCCAUACGGUGCUCCUGUUCUCUUCGUCCGGAAGAAGAACAAGGACCUACGGUUGUGCAUCGAUUAUCACAAGCUCAACGUGCAGACGAUCAGGAACGCCGACCCUCUCCCACGCAUCGACGACCUUCUCGAGCGAUUGGGCGGCGCCCUGUUCUUCUCUAAGCUGGAUCUCAAGUCAGGGUACCACCAACUCGAGAUUCGCAAGGAGGAUCGCUACAAGACCRCGUUCAAGACACGGUAUGGGCAUUUCGAAUGGCUGGUCAUGCCGUUUGGCCUUACGAAUGCCCCAACCACUUUCCAAGCGGCUAUGACAACGGAGUUYCGACACAUGCUGGAUCGGUUUGUACUCAUCUACCUCGACGACGUCUUGGUGUAUAGUCGGAGUUUGGACGAGCAUGUGGAACACCUGCGCACCGUCUUGGAGCGGCUACGACAAGCCAAGUACAAAGCAAACCGCUGUGAGGAAACCCGGGGAGGGGCUCCUACCGCUCGCUGAAGCCAGGGGCAACGCCGCCUGUCAGUCGGCGCGCCCACUUCCGAGGUCCUCAACGGCAGAUAGGGUGUUGGGGCUUAUUAUCUCCUGCUACCCCUGCCCGCAGAAGCGCUUUAAUCUAGCGUUAUCAGAUCAUAAUUCUCUUGAGUAAUUUUGUUCAAUGAGCACUUCCCCCUUUUCUGGAGUCAGAGCCAGAUGUAGAUUGAGCCUGAUCAUGAGGGUUAUCUGUUUUGACUCUAACAAGUUUGGUUUUAUAAGGGAGAGUGGUCCAAUCAGGCGAGUCGAUUUCCAGAGAACAAUCAGUCUCUUUAGCAUGCUUAAUUAUCAGUAAGCCAGAGAGCCAAAUCAGCAGGCUCGAUCAGAUGUCCAGCGGAGCAAUCAAUAGGUCCGAUUUUAUAGCCAACCGAACCAAUCAAUAUGCUCAAUUUGU